AAGACACUUACCCUCCCCCCCUUUCAACUUGAAAACCUGAACAAGUCUUAACACACAAACAUACAUAGUAUUCAUCUAUAUAUCUGUGGAGAGAGGAAAUAAAAAGAAGAAGAAUAGGAUGGCCAUCUUUUGUUUCCUUGUAGACCAGAGGAAGCAAGUCCGGGGGAGGAAGCCCGCCGCUGGUUUAUGCUCAAGAUGCGGAGGAGGAGCAGUGGUGGCGGACAUGAAAACCUCUACUAGAUUCUGUGGCGUCCCCUUUUACCGCAAAGCUUGGAAGGCCAUCGUCUGUCAUUUCUGUGGCGCCGUGCUCAAAUCUUACCAUUGAAGAUUGAUGAACAAACCAACGACUUCUCUUCCUCUUGUUUUCUACUUUUUUAUUUAUUUAAUUCAAGUUUGUUUAUUGUAACGAAUCAAGCUACUUGCCAUUGUAUGUAGCUUGAUUGCCUAGUACUCUAGAGACCCUUAUUGUCUGUUAUUCAGCUACUAAUAAAGUAUAAAAGAAUUGAGAUGGAUGAUAUAUGCAU